AUGACUCAAUACUUGCGGUCUGUUCACCAUCCAAACGCUAAAGCCUUUUCACAUGUCCCACGACAAAUACCCCAACUAACUUGGUCAACAGUAAACAAUACCACUGACUGUGGUAUUUUUACUAUGCGUCACAUGGAGACGUUCAUGGGUGGAAACAUUAGAGAUUUCAAAACUGGAUUCAAGUCAGAGUCGCUUGCACAGGACAAUCAAUUAUCUAGACUACGGGUCAUCUAUCUUUGCAAAAUAUUAAAUUCAGACUACAACCUGCUGAAGGAUUCAAUCCUUCAUCAGGUAGCAGAAUUCCAAAAGCUGACUGCAUCUAAUCGAAAUCAACUAUUGAAGGAUGUUGCAACCAGGAUACAUGCCAGGCUGAUCGAAUUUGGUUAA